AUGACCAACUCUGGGGCGGAGACCAAAUAUCUCCACCUUCUACCAAGAGGCACAAAGACAUGGCAUUCAGGGGAUACAGAAACAACAAUCGACUUAGUCUUAGCAUCGACGGAGCUAGCAGAAGAGAUGGUUAAAUGUGGCAUACACUAUACAAACCAUGGAUCAGACCACCAAGCUAUUGAAACAGAGUUUGAUAUAUCAGUCCCGGAUCGACCUACCACUGAGAGAUUGCUCUGGAAGAACGCGCCUUGGACAGAAAUUAGAGCUAGAGUCACUACCAGCUUACAAGGGGUUCCCCUGGACGGCUCAGUCCAGCUGCAGACGGAUCGCCUGAUGAUAGCGGUCACAGAAGCAGUCUCAAAACUUACACCAAAGGCAAAACCCUCACCAUACGCGAAACGAUGGUGGACGACAGAUCUAACGCAGCUUCGCCGUAUAUACACAUACUGGAGAAAUCAGGCUAGAUCGCGGCGUAGAGCAGGAUGUAUAAUCCAUGAGCUCGAACAACAAGCACAUAAAGCGGCAAAAGAAUAUCAUGAUGCAAUCCGGAAACAGAAGAAGAUACACUGGGAAGAUUUCCUUGCUAAUGAUGCAAAUAUAUGGCAGGCAACUAAAUAUCUAAAACCUAAUAGCAGCUCAUUCAGCGACAAAAUACCACCAUUGGUAAAGGCAGAUGGAUCUACUACCAAAGAUAAAGGAGAGCAGAUGAAAGAGUUGCUUGCUACAUUUUUCCCACCAUUACCGACGAGAAUAGAAGAUGAGGGAACUCGGCCACAAAGAGAGCCGAUACACAUGCCUGAUCUCACUAUGGAGGAGAUUGAACGAAAAAGUCUUUGA